AUGACAGUCAAGAAGGACAACCAGUUCAGUGUAGAUGUGUGUCUGUUUGAUCUAGACGGCACUAUCGUAAGUACCACAGUGGCAGCUGAGUCUGCAUGGAGGAUGCUAUGUGCGAAAGAAGGAGUUGAUCCCGAGGAGCUAUUCAAAUUCUCUCAUGGUGUCAGAACAUCUGAGGUGCUUGCUAAGUUUUUCCCAAACAUCGACAACACAGACAAUAAGAUGACUAGAGAGCUGGAGUUGUCUAUGGCAAACAAUUUCUUGGAUACGGUGAGCUUGAUUCCCGGUGCCAAAGACCUUCUGUUGACCCUUGACAAGGAUACAGCACGCCAAGGAGCCAAGUUCAACGAAAGGAAGUGGGCAAUUGUCACUUCGGGUUCCCCAGAUUUGGCCUUUUCUUGGUUCAAGACCAUCUUGAAAGAGGUUGGUAAGCCAGACGUGUUUAUUACUGCUUUUGAUGUGACAAAAGGUAAGCCCGACCCAGAAGGGUACGCCAAGGCCAAGAAGCUUCUGUGUGAAAGACUGCAAUACGAGAGCGCUAGUGCGACAUCAGUGGUCUUUGAAGAUGCACCAGCUGGUAUAAAAGCAGGUAAGGCAAUGGGCGCAAUAACUGUAGGGAUUACGUCUACUUACGAUCUGCAAACGUUGAUUGAUGCUGGUGCUGACUAUGUGGUUAAGGACUUGACUCAAGUUGAAGUUUUGAAGAAUACAGAAGGUGAUCAAAUUACAUUAGAGAUUGAAAAUCCUCUAAAUCAAUGA